UAUAUCAUAUAAAAGAGGCCCGAGUGCAGCUCUUAAUCAUCAGUCGAGUGUACUUCAUCGCUCCAAUUAAACACCUCGUACUUCUUCGCCAUGCAUGUCUUGCAUUGUAGCAUCGCCUGCUGCCUUAUCCUGAGCGCCCUGGUUGCUGUUCAGGCCGGGAUCAUUACCGGCCAUCCCGACGAACUGAUCGCUAGUCCAGCCCAGUACGAGUUCCACUACUCUGUCCACGACAGCCACACUGGCGAUGUUAAGGAUCAGUUCGAGCACCGACGGGGCGAAUACGUAACGGGUCGCUACUCCCUCAACGAUCCCGAUGGUCACCGACGCAUUGUGGACUACUCCGCCGAUCCGCUGUUGGGCUUCAAUGCUCAAGUUCGUCGGGAACCGAUACCCCACUAUUGAGUUCCCUAUUGGGUUCCCAGAGAAAGGAUACUCCCAGCUGACUGGAUUCACG